AUGGUAUCUCUAUCCAGGGUUGCUUUCGUCACCUUCGGGGUGAUUCAUGGGGUAAAUGCGUGGGGCGCAUUGGGCCAUGCGACUGUUGCCUAUGUUGCACAACAUUACAUUUCUUCUGAAGCGGCAUCAUGGGCACAGGAAAUUCUGAACGACACUUCUAGUUCAUACCUAGCAAAUAUUGCUUCAUGGGCGGACAGUUAUCGCCUCACAACUGCCGGUAAAUGGUCAGCCCCAUUGCACUACAUUGAUGCCAUGGAUGAUCCCCCAACAAGCUGUAACGUGGAUUACGAGCGCGACUGUGGAGCUGAAGGCUGCUCAAUCUCUGCAAUUGCCAAUUAUACCUUGCGUGCAGGCAAUGGCAGACUUACCACUGCCCAUACCGCCGAAGCACUCAGAUUCCUUGUGCACAUUAUUGGCGAUCUCACCCAGCCACUGCACGACGAGAACUACGAGGUUGGCGGAAAUGGCAUCAAGGUCACUUUCAACAGCUACAGCGAUAAUCUUCACGCGGAUUGGGAUACAUACAUGCCUGUGAAGUUGAUUGGCGGCAGUUCGCUCGCUGAUGCACAGGGGUGGGCCAAUAGCCUGGUCGAUGAAAUUACUUCCGGCGCCUACAAGACGCAAGCUAUGACCUGGAUCAAAGGUGAUACUAUCAGUGAUACUGUCACCACUGCUACACGAUGGGCGUCGGAUGCCAAUUCCUUUGUGUGUACUGUUGUUAUGCCAGAUGGAGCUGCUGCCUUGCAGACAGGCGAUCUCUACCCAACAUACUACAACUCUGCAAUCGGAACGAUCGAGCUGCAGGUUGCCAAAGGUGGUUACCGACUAGCCAACUGGCUCAACAUGAUUUAUGAUCAAAAGGUUGCUGUAAAGAAUCAGCCAGGGAAAUUCAGUAAGGGACUCCGAGAUGCAGCUCCCGAGCCUGAGUUCGUCCAGCAGCUAUGGGAGGAUCUUGCUGCACCUCAGAAGGACGUGAGCAUAGGCAUUGAUCCGAUGGAAUUUGAAGAGAAAAUAAAUGUUGUAGAUCUACCUGAGACCAGCGAGCCUUUGUUUUUCUAG